GAUGCAGGCUGGCAUUUGCUCCUGCUUCUGAGGGAGGAGAGCAGAUCAACUCUGCAGGCCCCUUUCCAAAAGCUCAUUCAGAACAGACCCCUGCCUGCAGGCUCCCAGCAUCCCAGCUCCCUGGCUAUCCCCAGGGACCACUGGCAGCAGACCAGGCCUCAUGAAAACCUCAAAGGCAUCCCAGCGCUACAGAAGCAUCCGGAGAAACGCCAGCCAGUGCUACCUCUACCAGGACUCUCUGCUGCUUGGUAACUCGGAUGACAGUUUUAAUGCUGAUGAAACGGGGGACAGCAAUGAUCCGGAACAAAUCUUCCAGAAUAUACAGUUCCAGAAAGAUCUCAUGGCAAAUAUCCGCUGCAGACCCUGGACCAUGGGACAGAAGCUGCGGGCACUGAGACGAGCAAAGGAGAUUGUACUGAAGUUUGAAGGGAGGUUGACUAGGACCCGAGGCUACCAAGCAGCAGGAGCAGAGCUCUGGCGGAAAUUCGCCCGUUUGGCCUGUAACUUUGUGGUCAUCUUCAUUCCCUGGGAAAUGAGGAUAAAGAAAAUUGAGAGUCACUUCGGAUCUGGCGUGGCCUCCUACUUCAUCUUCCUGAGGUGGUUGUUCGGAAUUAACAUAGUGCUCACGAUGAUGACAGGUGCCUUUGUUGUCAUUCCUGAGCUGAUCGCAGGCCAGCCCUUUGGAAGUACAGCCAGCAAGACCAUCCCCCAGGAGCAGGUCAUGUCUGCACAGGAUCUGGACACUGUCUGGUCCCUGGGGGGUUACCUUCAGUACUCUGUCCUGUUCUACGGGUACUACGGAAGAGAGAGGAGGAUUGGGAGAGCCGGCUACCGCCUGCCCUUGGCAUAUUUCCUGGUGGGGAUGGCAGUGUUUGCUUACAGCUUCAUCAUUCUCUUAAAAAAAAUGGCUAAGAACUCCCGUACCAGCCUGGCCAGUGCUUCCAACGAAAACUACACCUUCUGCUGGAGGGUAUUUUGUGCCUGGGAUUACCUCAUUGGGAACCCCGAGGCUGCAGAGAGCAAAACAGCCGCCAUUGUGAACAGCAUUAAGGAGGCCAUACUGGAAGAGCAAGAAAAGAAAAAAAACAAAAACAUGGCGGUGACUGUCUGCCUGAGAAUCAUCGCCAACAUCCUGGUGCUCCUGUCGCUGGCUGGGAGCAUCUAUCUCAUCUACUUUGUGGUAGACAGGUCCCAGAAGCUGGAGCAGUCGAAGAAGGAGCUGACACUUUGGGAGAAGAAUGAGGUGAGUGUGGUGGUCUCCCUUGUCACCAUGCUAGCACCGUCUGCCUUUGACCUCAUCGCUGCCUUGGAGAUGUACCACCCACGGACAACGCUGCGCUUCCAGCUAGCAAGGGUCCUGGUGCUGUACCUAGGAAAUCUCUACAGCUUGAUCAUUGCUCUUCUGGACAAAGUGAACAGCAUGAACAUUGAGGAAGCUGCCACCAAAAACAUCACAAGCCUUUGGGCAGAUCCUUCCACCUUCUCUGGCACCAGAACAGUGCCUGAAGAAGGGCAAUGGCCCACACCUGGGGCGGGAGUGGAGCUCCGGAGAAACACCAGCACGUGGGGCUUGGAAGAGACAAGCAUUCUGACUACUGUGAUGCCACACACGAAGGCCAACAAGACAGUGCCCUACAUGCAGGGACCGCAAGGACAGUGCUGGGAGACGUAUGUUGGCCAGGAGAUGCUAAAGCUGUCUGUCAUUGACAUGCUCUUCACGGUGGCCAGCAUCCUCCUCAUAGACUUCUUCCGAGGACUUUUCGUUCGCUACCUAAGUGACUAUUGGUGUUGGGACCUUGAAAGCAAGUUUCCUGAGUAUGGGGAAUUCAAGAUUGCUGAGAAUGUGCUGCACCUAGUCUACAAUCAAGGCAUGAUUUGGAUGGGGGCCUUCUUCUCCCCAUGUCUACCAGCCUUCAAUGUUCUCAAGCUCAUUGGGCUGAUGUACCUGAGGAGCUGGGCUGUGCUGACCUGCAACGUACCCCACCAGCAAGUGUUUCGAGCCUCCAGAUCCAACAACUUCUACCUGGCAAUGCUCCUAUUCAUGCUGUUUCUCUGCAUGCUGCCAACCAUCUUUGCUAUUGUCCACUACAAGCCAUCUCUGAACUGUGGCCCCUUCAGUGGACAAGAGAAGAUCUAUGACAUCGUGUCAGAGACGAUAGAGAAUGACUUCCCCGCAUGGUUUCACGUUGUGGUUGGACACAUCAGCAGCCCUGUGGUGAUACUUCCAGCCGUACUACUUCUGUUCAUGCUCAUCUACUACCUUCAGAGCAUCGCAAGAUCACUGAAGCUCAGCAGCCAGCAACUCAGGAUGCAGAUCCAAAACGCAAGAGCUGAAGAUAAGAAAAAGGUUGCCCAAAUGGUAGAGGUGCUGGCCUCACCUAGUGAUGCCACCCAGGCAGGCCUAGCCACUGAAGCAGAUCAGAAUAAAGACCCAAAGCCACAGACUCUCCAAGCUCGAAUCCAAACCCAUGAAGAGAGCACCAAGAGACUUCUAAAGGAUGGUGACCUCAUCAGCCAGCUGUCGUCAGCAUACAUGGCAACAUCCCAAAACAAUGGCAACAUGGUCAACUUUGACUCGUUGAGUAGCAAGAGCCUCAGGAUGGAGACGGUCACCAGGUCCCUGCCCCAGAGUCCUGGGCAAGGGUCCAGGGGCCUCUGCUCUCCUCUUCCAGGUGGAUCUAGAUCAAGGCCAGAGCAGGAUGCCAGUAGGUAUCCACAUGGGUCAUGUGCCAGCACAGGCAACCUCCACAAGAACAGAUCCUACACAUCUGUGACACAGACACAGCCCCUCAAGGAUGUUCGCUCAGAGCCUCUUUCCCGAAAAGACUUUCAGCCAAUCAGACCUCGCUUCUGUGGACCCAGGGUCUCUGCCUUGGUGACGCCUGGCCACAGACUCCGCGCUCCCAGAUACUAUGUUGUGAAUGAACGGGACUGUCACAAAAAGACCCAGCCGACUUUCUGGCCAGAAAGACAUUUCAAGAUAGAUGCUUUAGGUGACAUUGUAGAGCUGUACCCCAGGAAUGUGCAGCAGUAUGUGUCCUGGGCCCCCCACAAGCCUUGCUCACCACAACUGAGUGAAGAAGAGGAGGAGAUGCUGAGGACAGAUUUGGUCCAAUGGUCCAUCCCCCCUGGCUCCUUGACAGACCUCCCUCGGCCUUCUCGUUUUCACACCGUUGACAGAUCAGAAAGUGACACCAGAGACCCUGAGUACCAGCCAAGGAUGUACUACAGGUCUGGGGACAAUAGUUUUGGGGGCCAGCCUGAGAAGCCCACAUUUGUUCACAAAAAGCCACGAUCCAGGAAUGUCCAGUACCCACAGCAUCCUCCAAAAACCAGGGUCAAAACCAAGUUCGAGCCAUCCUUCACGGAAUCUGAUUCUGUGUCAGCAGCAUCCAGCAGUGACCAGCAGAACAGCAACAAUGACCAACACCUGCAGGUCAUGUCCAGCCAGGGCAGAUUCCCGGGGUCUGCCAGCCAGCUGGGCAGAAGGAAGACAAAGUCCAGGCAGGCGCUGCCCACAGAUCUAAAUGACCUAAUUUGUUCAAAUGUCUAAGCUUCUUUCAGUUCCCUUCCUAAAGACUGGACCUCUUUGGAAGAGUUGGGAGCACACAGUCCCACGCUUUCUGGAAGAGAAACCUGCUCUGGGGAUGUUAGAGAUGUGGAGCUUUUACAGGCUUAUGUUAUGUGCCACUGCUGUCUGAAGCUCUGAGACCCUGGGGCUGUCACUUCCCAUUCACAGCAGUGGUGUGUGAGUGGCAAUUCCUGGUGUUUCUUUAUGCCCAGCACAUACAUCACCACAUCAGCCUGUCCUUUCAAGAAAACAUCAGGCCUUUGAUUCCAUUCAGGGUGGUUGGCCAUGCUCACCAGCAAGCUAGACCAGGACUGCAAAAACCAACCUCGACACUCUGUUUCUCUUCAAUGAUAUGAGUGAGUGCUUUGCACUGUGGUGUUUGAACAUACAAGUAUUGAAACUCUGUAGUGAGCACCCAAACUCAGGCGGCCACCCUCGACGUGUUCACAGUAUUUAGUUGAUGAGGACUAAUAUAUCAGUUUAGUAGUGGCCAGUGUAGUACACUGCAAGCUUAUUUAACUCUGUAUUCAUCAGGACACAGAUUAGACAUGACCCCAAAUUUACACCUGCGGUUUCCUGGUUCACUUCACUGAGAAGGAUGGGGAUUGAGACUCAGUACCACGCUCAGCUGGAACCAAGGUUCAACCAUCCCCAAGAACACCUGUCUUCUCAGCUCUUGGCUGUUUCUGUGUUUGCUGGCCUUGUUCUCUCCCACGGCCAAUCGUCCUCCAGGUAGGAGGUGAAGAAUUCACAGCCACAGAGAUGCCAGGCUUCUACCCUCCACGCCAUAGGGCCAAAGGAAAAGAGCAGAGCGGACAUUACCUCCUUCCCACUGUGUCUGCUCUCGAGAAGUGGUUCUCUGGAUCCUCUGGCUGGCCUUGUGCAGGGCUUGGCAGCUCUGCAUGCUCUACCCCAUGGUAACCAGCUUUUUAGAAGCUCUGACUUCUAACAUUUCUGUCUCCUCUACUAUACUCUGAGUGCCUAUGGAGCAAAAAUGGCACCAUGGUUCGACAGUCCCAGUAACGGAUAGACAAUAGAUACCACGUGUGUUUUCCAGCACUGUCUCGAUUGGAAUAACAGUGGGGACUCUCCCCAAAUUGAAAUUCUCUGGAAACAGAGAGCAUCGCAUUGACGAUAUAAUAGCAUUGUAAGCCAUGGGCAUAUGCAAAAAUCUGGAGCAAGGAAAAGGUUUCACAAGCAAAUGAACUUUGCAUCAGCUGUUUCAGUCAGCUCCCCGUGUCGGGAAGAUCAACAGAGAGGGUGGCACCAGCCCAAGGUCAGAGGGGGUGUCCUUGCAGAGGUACUGUCUGUACAAAAUUGGGGUGGCCUUAGGGCCAGGUUGUGGUCUGGCCAAAUUUUGCGGUCAUAGUCUGUUAUCCAGAGCACAUGUACCAAUCUUCCCACUUAACAAGCCUCAUGCUUCAUUUACUUUCUUGUCAGGGCUCGGACACAAGCAACCCCAUCUUGAUUUUUCUGAUUUCCACCCCUGAGUGAAGAAGAGGAGGAGAUGCUGAGGACAGAUUUGGUCCAAUGGUCCAUCCCCCCUGGCUCAUGUUCCCUCCUCCCCUUGCCACACAGGUAUUUCACAAUACCAAACUGAGUGGCUUGAUGGGAUGCCCACUCACCAUCCUGCAGUUCCCAUGGCUUAGGAGCGCAGACACAGCCGAGUCUCCUCAGACAGCAACUGAGGGAGGCAUCCGCAAGAAUUGACAUCUCAUCAAAGACCCCAGGCCCUCCCUCUUCCAGUCUCACACGACUCUUGGUCAGAUGUCCAGUCCUUGAUGUUCUAGAAGCUUCCUGCCUGUCCCGGCUGCACAACACUCUACACAGCAUGGCUGAUGGACCUGCACUGGCAGCUGAGUGUGGCUAUCUGGCUUUCAGUCCCUUUUGGCAGGGAAGACGUGAGCCCUCUUUCAAUAAGCCCCUUGAGUAGGCCAGGGCCACCCAGAAAACCCUUCCUUCUGAUUCCUAAAAGUUGGCUCAUGGGAGACCUUAAUCACAACAUCAAAAUCACUUCACCUUUACUGUAUAUCAUAACCCAGCCAUGGGGUGAAAUUUCAUACUAUUCAGGAUGUUCCACAAGCCACCCAUUCCAUGGAAACAGGAAUCCUGGAGGUCUGCACAAAUGUUUAAUACCUGGCUAGAUGUAAAUGGAUGGAUGAAUUAAUGAGUAGACCAUACUAAUAACUGAAUCACAUAUGCCAAGGCAGCUGGAUUAGAGGCCAAGAUAACUCCCAAUUCUAACCAGGAAAGUUUAUAUAAAUAUUGCCAUUUGCAAAGUCCACACAGAUACUCCCCCUCACAGAACUCCUGGGGAGGAGUGCACAGGUUUUCAAAUGCUAUGCCAUGUUGCCUCUAGGAUCGAUGGUCCAGACUUAGUGUUCUGCAGUCUCUGGGAUGUCCUUUAGUGACAGAGUUACCCACAGCAGUGCCAUAGUGAGGAGGCCUCCUACCCCAGAUUCUGGGGUUAGGGCUGAGACCUGGAGUUCCCUGGGACAUGGAAUUAGGUUAGGAAAAUCAGACCUACCUCCAGACACCUGCAGGAGCAGCAGCCUGUUGGCAAGGGGAGGAGGGAACAUGAGCAGACCUUGGAGCAUUCCAAGAAAGCAGAGUCAUCUAGUCACAUACUCAGGGCUGAAGUGUGAGUUCAGAGCAGGCGUAUACGGCUCCUUGUAUGGGGUGAUUCCCACUUAGAGAACUUUAGGACACACAAUAAUACACAAGCGAGUGUGAUGAGCACCUGCAUUCCCCUUGUGAGGGUCAGCAAUGGUUUGUAUUUUGUUUCCAUGGAGUCCUUUAUUCUUAGAAAUAAAGAAAACACUAUAGAGCUGACUUGGAAGACUGAUGCAGAAGGCCUGAACCACAAGUUCAAGGUCAGCCUGAGCUACAUGGUGCCAGGCUAGGUUGGACUACACAAGAAUGCUCAGGAGAGAGAGAGAAGGGGGAAAGAGAGAGAAAGAAUCAGAUUAUUCUUUAGCCUCAUACUAGAAGUCCUUCCUUUUACACUGUCAUGAACUCAGUGUAUAUCCAAUCAGUAGACUGUCAUAUUUAUAGACAUUGUAUGUGUGAAUAUAUGUAUAUAAGCAUCUUUAGCAAUAUAUGUCUUAAGUCAAUGCUAUUAUCCUAGAUCUAUCACUAUAUUUAUUUGUCUUUUGAAAUCUAUUGCAGAAAUAUACACAGAUGAAACUCCCUAUGACAUAUGUUUAGUAUUUCAUUAUUUGAAUA